CGCGCCUUUCAGCACCGCGCCAUCCCGGCGCCGGCGGGGGGAGGAGCGCAGAGGCUGCCGGGAGCUGUAGUUCGCAGUCUUGUGCCCGCCCGGAGGCGGGGCCGUGCCGGGCCGGCGGGCGGCGAAUGGCGGCGGCUCCAACGCGGAAGGAGCCGGGAGCGGCUGUUGCUCCUUGCGCCACGCUCUGAGCCCGGGGCUGGCCGGGAUGGCGGGCGGCGGAGCCCCUCGGGGGACGCGACGCUGAGCGGCGGCUCGGCUGUGUUUUGAUCUGCUUUCCCAAGUGCUUGUGGUGUGGCUGGGGCCAGCAUUUAACAAUGAGUGGUGCAGCCCUGGGCCUCGAGAUAGUGUUUGUCUUUUUCUUGGCCUUAUUCCUACUUCACCGGUAUGGAGACUUCAAGAAACAGCACAGGCUGGUGAUCAUAGCAACAUUAUUGGCUUGGUAUCUCUGCUUCCUGAUUGUAUUCAUACUGCCUUUGGAUGUCAGUACGACUAUUUAUAAUCGAUGCAAGCUUGCGGUUAACUCUAGUCCUGCAGAAAGUAAUGGCUCUUACGUUACUCUUGCUCCAAGCAGCAAGCAAAAAUGUUUCAAACCCUGGAGUUAUAUUCCUGAUGGAAUUAUGCCAAUUUUCUGGCGUGUUGUGUAUUGGACAUCUCAGUUUUUAACAUGGAUUCUGCUACCUUUUAUGCAGUCAUAUGCUAGAUCAGGAGGGUUCUCCAUCACUGGAAAGAUUAAAACUGCUCUGAUUGAGAAUGCCAUCUAUUAUGGCACUUACUUGCUAAUUUUUGGAGCAUUUCUAAUAUAUGUGGCUGUAAACCCAAACUUCAAUUUACAAUGGAACCAGCUUCAGACUAUUGGAAUAGCUGCUGCAAACACAUGGGGUCUGUUCCUUCUUGUGUUGCUUUUGGGUUAUGGUUUGGUGGAAAUCCCUCGUUCUCACUGGAAUGGGGCCAAGAGGGGUUAUCUACUCAUGAAGACUUACUUCAAAGCUGCCAAACUGAUGACUGAAAAAGCAGAUGCAGAGGAGAAUUUAGAGGAUAUUAUGGAGGAAGUCCGUAAAGUAAGUGAGAGUAUCAAAUAUAACCACCCCUUGAGGAAAUGUGUUGAUACUAUACUGAAAAAGUGCCCUACUGAGUACCAGGAAAGAAUGGGUAGAAAUAUGGAUGAUUAUGAAGAUUUUGAUGAAAGACAGAACAGUUAUCCCAGUGAAAAAAGUUUGGCCAAACUUCACAAGCAGGUCAUCUAUUCAGUGCAGAGACAUCGUCGUACACAGGUCCAGUGGCAAAUUCUUUUAGAGCAAGCAUUUUACCUGGAAGAUGUGGCAAAAAAUGAAAGCAGUGCAACUCGACAGUUUGUUCAUACCUUUCAUUCCCAGGAACCAGAAAACAAAAUAAUUCAGUACUUCUACACACCAACGGUUGAGUGGUACUGGGAGUGCCUUCUCCGACCAUGGUUUUACAGAGUGCUUGCAGUUGUGCUGGCCACAUUCUCUGUAAUUGUUGUGUGGUCGGAGUGCACAUUCUUCAGCACAAAACCAGUUCUGUCGCUAUUUGCGGUUUUCAUACAGCUGGCAGAAAAGACAUACAAUUAUAUAUACAUAGAGAUGGCCUGUUUUCUUACCAUCUUUUUCUUAAGUAUCUGUGUUUACUCUACUGUCUUCAGGAUCCGUGUAUUUAACUAUUAUUACUUAGCUUCACAUCAUCAGACAGAUGCAUACAGUCUCCUUUUCAGUGGCAUGUUAUUUUGCCGUCUUACUCCACCACUGUGCUUGAACUUUCUGGGCUUGACCCAUAUGGAUGCAACAAUCUCUCACAAAAACACUCAGCCAACUGCUUAUACAUCUAUAAUGGGAUCCAUGAGAGUGCUGUCCUUCAUUGCAGAUGGAUUCUAUAUCUACUACCCAAUGCUUGUUGUCAUUCUUUGUAUUGCUACGUACUUCAGUUUAGGAACUCGUUGUUUGAAUCUUUUGGGGUUCCAGCAGUUCAUGGGUGAUAGUGAAAUGACCUCUGACUUGAUUGAUGAAGGAAAAGAGCUAAUCAGAAGAGAGAAAAGAAAACGACAGAGGCAGGAAGAAGGUGAAAACAGAAGAAGGGAAUGGAAGGAGCGGUAUGGAAAUAGAGAAGAUUCCACCAGAAGCAGAGCUGUCCACACAGACCAGAAAGAAUCCAGCUUCUCAGAGACCAAUGCCAAUAGACCACUAUCAAAGUAUACCCGUUCAAAUGGUAGGACUGAAAGAGAUAGAAUAGAACUCCUCCAGGAUGCAGAACCUUUGGAUUUUAAUGCAGACUCUGUUAAUGACGACCCCCUUGAAUCGGACUCAGGAAGGUACCAGCCUGGUGGAAGAUACCUGUCAAUGUCUCGAAGCAAAAUAUUUGAUGAUGUCUAAGCUCAUCAAAGCUAAAGAAAAUUCAGUGGAAAUCUAGCUCCUACUCAUUGCUUGGAAAAUACUCUAUUUGCAAUAUAUCACUGAACCAUCAAAGACUCUUUAAAAAAAACAUGAAGGAACAACUCUUUUGGGAAUGCACGUGUAUGAUAACUUCACCACUAGUGAUAGGAAUAUGCUUCUGCUGUUGUAGAUCAUGUUGUGCAUCAGUGUGGGCUUUUGUGUCAUGACCAAAAGGAGAAAACUAUUUAAAGUUAAUAGAUGAUAAACUCACAAAUAUACCUAGGGCUCAACUUGAACUGUAACAGUCUAAGUUUGGGGAAGAGAUUUUCUGGAAUUUUUUAUUUUGUAUUUUAACCAAUGCUGUGAGAGCAUAUUGAUGUAUCCAAAGUGCAGUUAUAUCAACUGUGCUUUUGCUGAGAAAGGUUGGACUGUAAAAUCAUAGUCACAGAAUGGUUUGGGUUGGAAGGAACCUUAAAGAUCAUCUAAUUUCAAGCGCCUCUGCCAUGGGCAGGGACCUUCUAGUGUUGCUCAGCCCUCCAUCCAGCCUGGCCUUGAACACACCCAGGGAUAGGGCAUCCACAAGUUCUGUGUGGCAACCUGUGCCAGUGCCUCACCACCCAUACAGUAAAGAGUUUCUUUAGAUAUCUCAUCUAAAUCUGUCUUCUUCAAAUUUUCAGCCAUUUCCCCUUGUCCUGUCACCACACUUCCUGAUAUAGAGUCCCUCUCCAGCUUCCCUUUAGGCACCUUCAGACCGUGGAGGGUUUUUCCUGUGAGGUCUCCACACAACGUUCUCUUCACCAGGCUGAAAAGCCCCAACUUUUUCAGCUGAUCUUCAUUGAGGGAGGUGCUCUAGUCCUCUCACCAACCUGGUGGUCCCCUCUGCGGUGACUCCAGCAGGUCCCUGUCCCUCCUGUGCUGGGAGCCCAGGGCUGGAUGCAGUGCUCCAGGUGGGUCUCAGCAGAGCAGAGCAGAGGGGCAGAAUCCCCUC